AUGGAUGAAAUGACAUUAGAUGUCAUUAAUUUAAUGAAAACUGCAUCUAAUUGGGUGACUAUUGCAUUUGAAGCACCUUUCGCUCAGGCUGUUGUUUUUGGAGUGCAUAUUGGAGUGAUAGUAAUCAAUGGCAAAGAAGUUCUCAACUUUGCUUCAGCAAAUUACCUUGGGUUAGUUGGGCUUGAGAAGCUACUUAAGUCAUGCACAUCAGCAUUGGAGAAAUACAGUAUCGGUUCUUGUGGUCCUCGUGGGUUUUAUGGAACAAUUGGCCAGAAUAGUGAAGUUUUUGGGAACUCCAGAUUCCAUACUCUAUUGACUCUCCACUAUGUUCAGUGCAAUUCCGGCUUUCUGCAAGAAAUGAGAUAUUAUUGUUGUGCAAAUUGCUCUCCAUUGGAUGAUAUCAUCAAACUGAAGGAGAAACAUUGCUUCCGAGUUCUAUUGGAUGAGAACAACUCAUUUGGUGUGCUUGGCAAUUCUGAAAGAGGUCUAACCGAGUACCAUGGGGUUUUGAUUGAGAAGAUAGAUAUCGUAACUGUUGCCAUGGGACAUGCUUUGGCCACAGAAGGUGGAUUCUGCAGUGGAAGUGUCAUUAUUGAUUUUAAUGCUUCAACUUUUCUUAUUGCCUGUGUGCUUAUUAUUCAUGAUGUGCAACGUCUCAGCAACUUUGGCUAUCUCUUCUCUGCCUCUCUACCCCCAUAUCUAGUAAAUGCUGUAGUUAUUGCUAUCGAUGUUUUGGAGCAAAAUCCUUAUUUGAUUACAAAGCUGAGGAAGAAUAUCACCAUACUAUGCAGAGGUGUUUACUUUUACCAUUGCCUUGAGAUUGUGAGUGAUCAACAAUCCCCCAUUGUUUUUCUCAGAUUAAAGAAAUCCACAGGUUCCUUAAAGAAUGAUUUAUCAUUGCUUGAAGAUAUUGCUCACCAUGUAUUGAAGGAAGACUCUAUUUUUGUGGAGACUUCCAAUAGAUCCAUGCUUAAUAAAUGGAGUUUGCCUGUCGGAAUUAGGUUGUUUGUCUCGGCCACUCAUACAGAAUCAGAUUUGACGAAAGCAUGUGAAUCACUGAAGAGAGUUGCAUCAUUGGUCUUGACAGCUCAUGUGUAA